AUGGGUCAACCGUCUUAUGAGGCGUCCAACGCCAUCAUCUACCUCACUUAUGGCCUCUUUCUGGUCAUGGGAACCGUCAUUGCCUGGAAGAUGUCCAAGUCGAAGGACACCUUCCUUGCCGGCAAUGGAACUCAAAAGGCUCUUCCGCUAGCCUUCAACUUUGUCGCCGCUGUCCUCGGUUCUGCAAUUCUCUUCGCGUAUCCCGAACUCGCCACCAUUACUGGUGUCCAAGGAGUCGUCAUCUACGCCCUGUCGUCGUCGCUGCCUCUGUUUGCAUUUGCUGCUCUCGGUCCCAUUAUCCGGAGGCGGUGCCCUGAAGGCUUCGUUUUGACUGAAUGGACGAGGCAGCGUUAUGGCAUCCCGUGCGGCCUGUUCCUGAGCUUCAUGACUCUGGUGACGCUCUUCCUGUACAUGAUUGCCGAGUUGUCCGCCAUCGGCCAAGUCGUUAGUGCCAUGACAGGAGUCCCCGAUCUGCCGGUUAUGAUUGUGCAAUGUGCCGUUACAACCAUUUACACCUCUCUAGGAGGUUUCAAGAUCUCUUUCUUGACCGAUAUGAUUCAGGGAGUCAUGGUCUGCUGCCUCAUCAUCAUCGCCUCCAUUACCAUUGGUGUAAAGACAAAGAUCGACACUUCCCUCAUCCCUUCGUCUGGCCUUCUCGAAGCCUCAACCUUGGGAUGGCAACUGCUCUACAUCCUACCUGUUUGCAUUCUCACCAAUGACUUCUUCCUCUCCACCCUCUGGCUGCGUACGUUUGCUUCGAAAACCGACAAGGAUCUCUGGGUCGGCGUCACCGUCGCAGUCGUCAUCAUCUGCAUCGUCUUGACCUUGGUGGGCAGCACUGGUCUCAUUGCUACCUGGUCUGGUGCUUAUCCGGGUGAUUCGGCUGAGGAUAACCGAUCCAUCGCCUUCUUCCUCUUGCUGAACCAGCUUCCCGCGUGGGUUGUCGGUAUCGUGCUUGUCAUGGUCGUUUCCAUGUCCACUGCCGCCUUUGACAGCAUCCAGUCCGCCAUGGUCUCCAGCGCCUCCAACGAUCUUUUCCGUAACCGCCUCAACAUUUGGUAUAUUCGCGCCAUGGUUGUCCUGAUCAUGAUCCCCACCAUCGUCCUGGCUCUCAAGGCUCCCUCUAUCCUCCAGAUCUACCUCAUUUCCGAUCUCGUCUCGGCCGCUGUCGUCCCCGUCCUCGUCAUUGGUCUCUCAGAUCGAUUUUUCUGGUGGUGGCGAGGUUUCGAGGUCGUUGUCGGCGGGCUCGGCGGUAUCUUCACCGUUUUCCUGUUCGGCACGGUCUACUACGGCGAUGCCUAUAAGGGCGGCCGCCUCAUACUCAUCGAGCAGGGUCUUACGUCGGGCGACUGGGCCGUUUUCGGGGCGUUUGUUGCUGCUCCCGUGGGAGGUAUGCUUUGGGCUCUUGCCGCUUCUGGGUUGAGGAUAGGAGUCCAGUGGUGCUUGGCCAAGAAGAAUGGGACACGGUUUGAUGCCCUCGAUCGUCCUAUUCCGGCCGUUGUUGAAGCGGGCUCGUCCGACCAGGAGGGAGACGAGGUCUCAUUUUCGAAGAAGGCUGGCAAGUUCUUUUAA